AUGGUUUCUUAUACAGACGAGAUCCCGCCUCAACCAAAACAGGAAACCAUCGAAAAUCAAGUUUUAUUAGAUCAGACAAGUGAUUCAAACAAGGGAGGAUGGGAAGUUUGUAAAUCUGAAGAAUGUAACUUUUGUGUCUUUAUGAAAUUAAGUUCAUGUAAAGAUAGCUAUAACAGUUGGGUCGAAUGUCUAGAAGCAAACGCCAGGAACGCAACGGAAGAAGAUGCUCAGAAGAAGUGUGAGCCAGCUGGUAUAAAGUUACUUGAAUGUAUGGAAAGUUUAAUAAAAGCUGCCGAAGAACUAUCUACGAAGGGUAUGGAGGAGAAUGAAACUGAAUGGCAGUGUGGACUUGGCGAAGAAGAAGAAGAAGACGAAGAGGAGGAAGCUGAAUAA